AAGUCAAGUACAUUAUUCUACCGGUGAACCACUCUUAAGUUUAUUUGCAUAUAAACUCAUGCUAGCAAGAGUUUUAAUAUAACACCCCCCAAAAAAAAUGAACUCAAAACUACACAUUGAAAUAAUAUUACUGAUUUUUCCAAUUACCAUUCUCUUGUUUGCUUCUCCUACAAAAUCCCAGCCUACGUUUUCAGCCUACAUAUGUGGAGAUCCUUUCUUUAACUACACCAUAAACAAUCCUACUUACAAAGCAAAUCUCCAUACACUCCUAUCCUCCCUAAUUUCCAAUUGGCGAAUUAAUAAUUAUGGGUUUUACAAUAACUCUGUUGGCCAUGAACUCAACCAAGUUUAUGGAGUCGCGUUAUGUAGGGGAGACGUUCCUACCUCCGAUUGUAAGGUGUGUGUUGAUUACGCAGCUGCAAGGAUCGCUUUAGAUUGUCCUACCCAGAAUUCCGCUAUAGGGUGGUACGAGGAAUGCAUGAUUCGUUACUCAAAUAAUAACAUUUUUAAAGGGGAGAUGUCACACCCACGAUUUAACAUAACAAGUCGUGAUUAUAAUAAAGUACCCGAUCCCAAAAGCUUCAACUUAACAAUUUCGAACUUGAUGAACAAGUUGGCCCUUAAAGCUGCUUCAGGGGACUCCCGUCGCAAAUUUGCGACGGGAGAAGUUAAUGUUAGCAGCAAACUUAGGGUAUAUGCACUGUUACAGUGUAUCCCAGAUUUGGAGGAAUAUGAUUGUUUGAAUUGUCUUAACCUUAUUAUCAAUUAUACAAUUGCUGAUUGUUGUUAUGCCAAGGAAGGGGUUCGAACUGGUGGUCCAACAUGUAACGUUAGAUACGAGAAUUACCCUUUUUAUAAGUCUGCUAUUGAGCUACCACCACUUCAACCACCGUCAACACCGUCGGCGUUAUCACCUCCUUCUCCGUUCUAUACAAGGCGAAAAGGUUGGAGAAUCAAAAGGCGCCCUAAAAUUUCCAUUAUCGUUAUCAUCUCUGUUUUUAUGAUUUCUGUACUACUAGGGAUUCUAAUCCGUCUCUGCUUAAAAAGAAGAGGAAGGUCGUUGUAUAAGGUUGAAAAUGAAGAGGCUGAAGAUGAUUACAAAAUGAUUGAAUCUUUGCAAUUGGAAUUUGGUGUUGUGAAAGCCGCAACAAAUAACUUCUCCAAUUCCAACAAGCUAGGCCAAGGAGGUUUUGGUACUGUUUACAAGGGUAGACUUCCUAGUGGACAAUUCAUAGCAGUGAAGAGAUUGUCCACAAGUACAGGACAAGGCGAAAAGGAGUUCAAAAAUGAGGCCUUAUUAGUAGCUAAGCUUCAACACAAAAACUUGGUGAGAUUUCUUGGUUUUUGUCUGCUGAAAGAAGAAAGACUCCUGAUCUAUGAAUUUUUACCUAACAAAAGUCUCGAUCAUCUCCUUUUCGAUUCUAUCAAGCGCAAGUAUUUAGAUUGGGAAAACCGGUACAAUAUUAUAGGUGGAAUUGCUCGAGGACUGCUUUACCUGCACGAAGAGUCUCGACUGUUAGUUGUCCAUCGUGAUAUAAAAGCAGGCAAUGUGCUACUAGAUGCAGAGAUGAACCCGAAAAUUUCAGACUUUGGCGUUGCGCGUUUGUUUGGGGUAGAUCAAUCUCAGGCCUAUACUAGUAAAAUUGCUGGAACUUGUGGAUACAUGCCACCGGAGUACGUGAUUCAUGGAAACUUCUCCAUCAAAUCAGACGUUUUCAGUUUCGGAGUGCUAGUUCUAGAAAUCAUAAGCGGCCAAAAGGUCAGCAAGUUUUCACAAGCACAAAAUGGAGAUAGUCUCCUAAGCUUUGCAUGGAGAAAUUGGACAGAAGGAAAUGCAAUGAGAUUGGUGGAUUCAACAAUUGCAGCUAUAAACACAAAUGAAGUCCUAAGAUGCAUCCACAUUGCGUUACUAUGCGUCCAAGAGAAUGCGUCACAAAGGCCAAUCAUGUCUUCCGUUGUUCUAAUGCUAAACAGUUAUUCUACCACUAUACCAGUACCCUCACGACCUGCUUUCCAGGUAAAUGCCCAAGUUUCUAUUAGGAUAGGAACUUGAAUAAGAUGGCGAAGUUCCUGAUGUACACUUGGAACAGUCACUGGAGUUCCAGAGCUGGAAGUUGUAUUUGUUCCAGUUUGAAGUCACAAGAGGAGCAACACAGUUACAUAUCAAGAGUUCCGAAUAUUCACAAGAACUAUUACAGACUCAUGGCAACGAGUUCCUAUUUAAACAUGAGAGGAACUCAUUAUUGUUCCUGAGCUGGAACAAGUGAAGCUUCAGAGUUGAAUGCCUCACCAAAGGAAAGACAUAUAUGUCUAGGUAGUUUAUCUUGCUUAGAUUAUAUGUAAUAUAUUAAUAUGUUAAGUAGUAUAUAAGGAACUAGAGGAACUUGGAUUACUCGUGUGUUUUUGUCAAAAAUAUCAAGCAACACAGUUUUAAGGAAAAUACUUUCAAAUAAAAUAUCUUUUCCUAUUUAAUAAGAAUAAGAUUUUCAUCACAUUUUGUUACUUAAAUAAAAACAGUUUUUAUCUUCCUAAAACUUCUCCUAUUUAUUUUGACAAAAUAAAUAAACAUUUUUCAGUGAUUGACAUAGUCUUAAACACGUCCAGCAGUUGAGGAAGUUGUGUGGGAAGUGGUCUCCCCUUGUUCCUCAAGUCUAGGGACGUGAAAAUCAAAGUGUCAGUUGUUGGCAGUUGAGUUUUUGAAGGGAACAAACCCUAAGGACAAAACUCUAUAUAAGGCCAAGAAGUUUUCUGAAAAAAAUACACAAACUUUCUAAGAGUUCUUGCUUUCCUAAAAACGCAUUGUCAAAGAUUUUUCUAAAAACAGUUUGUGUCCUAGUUAAUCCUAAGUUCCUAAGUGACAUAUAUACACAAAAGCAUCAUUAAUAUCUAGAGUUAUCCAAACACGAAUUGUAUUUGGUAUUAGUAAGGAUAGAGUUAUCUUGUUGAGACUUAGAGUUUAAGUCUGAGAGAGAGAAGUGAAAGAGCUGUAAUCAGAGUAGAUUACUGUGAGGAACACAAGUUUAAGAGGAACUUGUGUUAGAGAGAUUAUUGUAAUCGAGGCAUUACUAUAAUAAAAGAAUUCUCUUCUUGA